AUGUACAGAUUUGCUGAACGUGUUAAUGCAGUGUUCACGCUGAUGAUCUUCAUACAAUUCACCAUAAGCUCGACAGUGCUCUGUCUUAGUAUCUACAAAAUGUUGACGAAGAAUUUGUUGAGCCUUGAGUUUGCAUGGAGCUCGUCGUAUCUUGGUUGUAUGCUUAUGCAGAUUUAUUUAUACUGUUGGUUCGGUAACGAAGUAACAUUGAAGGUCGGUCACUUUUUAAUUAAUUUAUUCUUAAAUACGUAGAGCACUGAAAUCGGAAGUGCCGUUUAUGAGAUGGAAUGGCCGAUGCUUCCUGUUGAUUUAAUGAAGACUCUUUUAGUAAUAAUUACGCGAUCUAAGAGACCUAUUAAGAUAACUAGUGGAUACAUGAUUACUUUGUCCAAUGAUUCGUUUAUGAAGAUCAUCAAAAUAUCUUAUUCAGCGUACAACGUCCUGCAAGGAUCUUAGUACGAGC